AUGGUUAUGAGGGCACUGCUGAGCCAGGAGCUGCCACAGCUGAAGGAGCAGGAAGUCCCAGAGGACUCCUUGGAUGAAAUUUGCUUGACUCCUUCAGUUCAACGUGACCUGUCUGGCUGCCACCAGCCUUAUAGCGGCACCUCGUCCUCGUUUGAUGAUCAGCUCACAUGCUCUGCUCUGGAUGUAGCCUCGCCCUCCCAGGAGACCUGUCCCCAAGGGACUUGCAGUGGAGACUUGAGCUACUACCUCUCAGAGGUGCAGCCUUCACAGACACAGCUGGAAUCAAGUACCCAGUUGCCCAUUUCUUUAGGACUAGAGCUGGAUCAAGGGAUCGACUCUGGGAAUGACUUAGCCAAGCGAGGCCUUUCAUCCACCACCUGCAGCUUCACAGCCAAUGCUGAUUCUGGGAACCAAUGUCCCUUUCAAGUUUCCAGGCAGAGAGAAGCAGCUCUGGGCGGUCCGCUAAGGCUCCGGCCCGAGGGGGUCUUUCAGCAGAGUAACGGUUCUUCCAGUCCCCGCUCCCAAGCCACUGCGCCGACGCUCCAGCCCAGGACUUUCCGGGGGCUUCCUUCUGGCACCCGCACCGCUGACAGCGGCACUGGGAACUGUGUCGCCCCGGGCCGCACAGCCCCUCCCGAGACCCAGCCCGCCGCUCCCUCACUUCCUGCCCUCCGGAGGCGGCCCGGCCAGUCCGGUGGAGUCCGGCGACGCCAGCUCCUCCCCAGCGGCGGCGGGACGGGCCACACCCUGCGCGCCGCGCGGGCCCGGGCUGGGUCUCCGCUCCUGCGCCGUGCGCGCCGCAGCCGCGCCCCGCCGGCGCCCCGAACGCUGCUGCGCCGCGCGCCCCUCCCAGCCAGGCAUCGCGCGGUUCCUGAUCGCGCCCCGCUGCCCCCGGUCUCCCGUGACUUCCUCGGCCCGGCCGCCCGCGCCUCCGGGAGCCUGCUGCGCUGGCUGCGGGGCUUUGUGCUGCCCACCGCGGCCUGCCAGGAGGCGGAGCCGCCGACGCGCUAUGAGACCCUCUUCCAGGCUCUGGACCGCAACGGGGACGGAGUGGUGGACAUCGGCGAGCUGCAGGAGGGGCUCAAGAACCUGGGCAUCCCCCUGGGCCAGGACGCGGAGGAGGAGCCCUCAUGAAUGGGAUUAGCGCUUGUAUACAAGUGACCCAGAAGAGCUUCCUUGCCCCUUCCACCACGUGAGGUCACAGUGAGAAGACAGUUGUCUAUGGAACCAGAAAGUGGGUCCUCACUACACACUGAAUCUGCUAGCACCUUGAUCCAGGACUUGCAGUGUCUGGAA